CUCAGUUAUUUAUUAGAAUUUGUCUUUUAACUGUCCCAUGAUCAGUUUCCACACAUAUCACAAUCACAAAUACGCACGUUGCUUUUAUGUACCUGACACGAAACACAACUUUGUAUUUCACAAGGGCAAGGAUAGGCUUGUCGGGGAUUCCUGCGCUUUCGGCUGCUCGCUGUAAAUCCCAGCACUUUCCCCAGUGGGAUCACGGCUGAAUGAGCUCCUCCGUCCGCUGCACCGCAGGUUUAACCUCAAACUCUCGGAGGUCACCAGGAAAGCGGCGGCUGCUUCUCUCCAGCAGAGACAAGAACUGCUCGGCGGGGCAGGAGGGAGAGCAGCCAAGUGCUUAUUCGGAUGUGUCGUGUCCUUACAGGGCGGCAGCUACAACCUUUUUUAUAGGUUCUUGUUACUCCAGCGAUCCUCAGCUGGAGAAACCCGCACAAAUAAGGGGCAGGAGGACCUUCCUUAUUUUCUGGCCUGCGAAGCGGGAAAAGUAGCCGGACUCCUGCUCAGCGCAGCGACCAGGGGUGCUGCCACCUCGGGAUCAGGACUGGGAGCCUGCCGCCGGCAGGGAGCGAGGGAGAGUCCGUGCGCGGCCCUCCUGCGGCUGCGGCGGCGGCGGCGGCGGCAGGGCCGGGCUUGUCCCUCCCCCCCAUAUCGCCCUCCCGCCGGCGCUGCUGACGUGUCUGCUCCCUCCUUCCCGGCCCGGCUCCCUCUCUCCGCGGCGCUCGCCGACAUGGCCGCAGCCGCGCCGCCGGAGCCCCGGCUGCUGCUCGCCCUGCUGCUCUUGCUGCUGCUGCCGCCGCCUCCGAGCUCGCGCUGCGCCGCUGCCGCCGCCGCCGCACCCGACUUGGGCCGCCGCUUCGCCGAGCGCAAGCGCUGCGCCGACCUCGAGUGCAGCCUGUUAAUGUGCCGAGGGAAGGCCAUGCGGGAUUUUAAAGGUCCGGAUUGUCGCUUUGUAAAUUUUAAGAAGGGAGAAGCGGUGUAUGUGUAUUAUAAACUAAUAGGAGAAUCCACUGAGCUUUGGGCUGGAAGCGUUGGAAGUGAUUUUGGAUAUUUUCCAAAGGAUUUACUUGAAAUAAAUCAUAACUAUUACAAUGAGGAGCUAGAAUUACCAACGGAUGAAACAGACUUUGUUUGCUUUGAUGGAGGAAGGGAUGACUUUGAUAAUUAUAAUGUGGAUGAACUUCUGAAGUCAUUGCAAGAGACAAUAGCAAGUGAAGGGGAAACUGAAUCGAGUGAUCCUGGGACAAAACCAGCUGAAGGAAUUGAGAAGGAUAAGGAGGCUGAACAGACUGAUAGAGGAAAGUCUCUUGGUGCUUUGGAGACAGACAAUCUUGAGCAAAGCACUGAAGAAGAAAAAGAAAACCUUGUCUUCACUAACAAAGUUGACAAUUCUCUUGCAGAAGGAACUGAAAAUACUGGGGGACACUCCAGUGUCAACAGUCACAAAGAAAACUCUCAGGGAGAUCAAAUUGCACAUGAGCACUUGAAAGGAAUGCUACAUGGAAAAUUAAAAGGUCUAGAAAGUGAAAAUACCAAAAACACUAGUAUUCCUCAGGGUGAAACCAGCCAAAUUGACCAAGAGAAUGAAGUCAAUGCCUAUACACUUUUAAACAGAGAGCUCUCUGUGAACUUAAAAACAAAAUUUGGCUCAACUGCUGAUGCUGUUGUAUCAGAUGAUGAAGUAACUCGCCUUGUUACAUCACUGGAAGAUGAUUUAAAUGAAGAUUUGAGCAUUAAUCCUCACAAUGAAGAGGAGAAGCCAGAGUUUGCAGAUCAGUCUGCAGAAAUCCCUUUGCUGUCUUUUAUGGCAGAGGAUGAAAUUACAUCCCCUGUGGAUUUAGAAGAUGAUGGCAAUGAUGACAUCAAGUCACAAAAUCACAAACCUGAUGAAGAUGCAAAGGGUUCUACAAAGCUAAAUAACCAAAGAGACAAUGGGGAAGAAUGCAAUUCAGAUGCAUUAAUUCUUAAGGAUGCCUUCAGUAAGAGCAGGAACUCGCGUGACAGUGUAAGUGUAGACAGGUCUGAAUCUAAACAAACAGAAGAGAAACAGGAGGAGGUGGUGCUAAUUAGUAAAAGAGAAGCACCAGCAACAACUCAGCCUGAGGAUCUCUCCAGAGAACUCCUUGGAAAUGAACGUGUGGGUAUCGGUGAUCUGGGUUCAAAAGAAAAAGCCAACAACACUGAACAGUUGGAAGAGCAGCUCACUGAUGGAACGGAGUCGCAUUCUGCAGCACUGAAAGGUAUAACUGUGCCUGAUCCUCAUGUUUUGCCUAGUCCAGGCAGUGCUCUGGAGUCUAAAUCAUUUCUUAAAAACAAGGAAGAUGCUUCAGAACCAUCUGAUGAUGAUAUCAACAAAAGCUCUGAAGGAGUUCUACUUGCUCCAAUAGAGAAAAGUGAGAAACAGUUUGAGGACAAUACCUUGGAGGAGUCCUUGGAAAGUGAUUUAAAGUACAAAAGACCAUGGGAGAAAACAACGGAGAAGGGAGAAGCUGAGAACAAGCCUCCAGUUGAUGUUCCAGCCAAACCAGUGGAAGAAGUCAAAAAUGCAUCUCAAGAUGACCUAGGAGAUAUUGACCUCUCGAGACAGAAAGUGGAGCAUGGAAUGUCUGUUGUGGAAAAAGAACUUCUCAAACAUGAGGAAGAUUUAAAACAAGCAGGGAAAAUUGAUCAUGAAAAUAAAAAUCCCGCCUCUUCUAACAAAGAACUGGAAAUAAAAAAGAGAAACCUGAAAGAAACCCCUGCAGAGGAAGGAGACUCAAGCUAUAGUGGAACUGUUGAGCAACCUAGGCCGUGGGAAAAUGAGAUUGAGUAUUCAGAGGCAGAUAUGAAUGAAAAACUUUCAAGAAAUCCUGGCAAGAUGCUAGUGUUUAAAGAAAGCACUGAGAAAAGUUCCCCUGAAGAAAAAUCAAAAAGCACCAUGCAGAACACUAAUACAGAUAAUCUCACUCGUCAAGGAACUGUUCAUUCUGAGGAUGCAGGAUCAGACAGACAUCUUGGCAAAGAUUUGGCUAAAGAAACAACACAAAGAGCCGAAUUGCAAUCUGAAGAGCCAGAUGCUGAAGAUGACUCUGACCUGAAACAAGCGGAUGAUGAGCUACUGGAAGAUGAGAAUGCAGCAAGUGCAAAGUUGUCACAAGCAAGGGCUGCAAAUGCCCAGGGUAAUACACUAGGUGGUGAAAAUACAAAUCCUAAAUUAGAAGGACUUAGUGAAGCUGUUUCAGGAACCCCAAAUCCUACUUACAAAACAAGAGAGAAAACAAACUCAUUCCCUAAGGAGGAUAAAACAAUCAGCAUGCAAAAUGCAAGCAAGAUUGGGAACAAAGAAGUUGACGUAUCGGUGAGAAAAGAUGCUAAAUUGGAUGAGAUGCAACAUGUCAUGGAAGCUGAUGAAGAGUCUUCUGAACCUGAGGAACCAUCAGCUGUGGAAGAACAUAAUUUCCAAUCUCCUCACACAGAAGACAGCAAUGACUUUGACCAAAGGAAAGAUCGUCUCCCAGAGGGCAUGUCACAGAAAGACUCAAAAGAGGUGCAAAAUUUAGAGCAAACAAGAAAUGACCACCAGCAAUCUGCAUAUGUCCCCUGCCCUGCAGACAGCUCAGAAGCCACCAGUGACAUGGUAACAGACUUCAGUGAAUCCGUGAAGCAGCUGUCAAUAAUGAGAGAGUUCCUGGAUGAAAAGCGCGUGAUAAGCCUACAGAAGUACCUUGGGCUCCAACACGUAGUUAGGGUUGAAGCCAUGUUCCACGACAUGAAGGUGGAGAUGGAGCUUGCUCGGAAGGCAAGCCAGAAUAACGAAGAUAUAGAGAAAGCUCUGGAUGAGAUACUGGAGUUUUCAGAAUCGAGCAUUAUGGAUGUUGUAGGAAAAGUUCUGGAUUCCAGGGUGGCAGAAAAUAAGGAGGAGGUGGUGAAGGAGAUGGAUUUGUAUGAUGAGGAGAGUGCACUGAUGGAUGAUAUUCAAGAGUUAAUAUAUUCAUUAAGAAGUAAAUAUUCAUCUGCUGGUGAGAGUGUCCCACUUGCUUCUCCUCCAGAACAGGAAGAUGACCAGCUGCACAUUCAAGACAUUGCAAAAGAGGCUGAAUAUGACAGUGUUUCCACCAGAAAUCCGAAUACCAUUGAUAAGGGCAAUCAGGAAUUUCAGCAGCUCAUUGAAGAUAAGAGGCCAGAGCAGCCUAUUGAGGAGGAGAAGAGGGCUGUCAGUGUUCCACCUGAGCACGAAGAGGCUAACUUCUCAGAUAAUGGAGAAGCUGAAGAAGGGUAUGACAGUGAAAGAGGAUCACUCCUGGAAGAUACUUCCUUUGGGUCAAUUAAUUUAGAAGAGAGUGCCAGUGAACACAUUGCUCAAGGUGCCGAUGCGGGCGCCGCCUGGCGGGGGGCCUUGGGCGAUGCGCGGGAGCUGCUGCGGCGGGUGAGUCGGCGGCGCGCUCCGUGUGACGCGGGGAGGCCGCGAGGGGCGGUGCGCGGCGGGCGGACCCUGAGGGAGGGAGGAAAGGAGGGAGGGCUGACGUGUGCCUUGAGCUCCCGGGCCGCCAUGGAUCCCGCGGGCGGCAGCGGGUGGCCGGUGGAGGAGCCCUCCGGGCGGCGGAGGCUGUUGCAGUUGGUUGCCACGCUGCCUGAGGAAAUGCGUCCUGGGCCUGAUUUCCAUGGACUUCCAUGGGAGCCCGUUAUUAUAACUGCCUUAGUGGGAAUUGUCACACUUGCUAUAAUUUUCUGGAGAACCUGCCUUUCAGUAAAGAGUAGAAUAUAUCAAGUGACUGAAAAACAACUUGCUGAAAAGAUUAAAAACCUUCUGGAAGAAAAAACAGAAAUAUUAGAAAAGUUGUCAGAAUAUGAUCAAAAGAUAAAGGAAGCAAAGGAAUCUGUGAAAGUGACCCAAGAACAAAAAGACAUUCUCUCAAAUGAAACUGCAGGGCUUAAGGACUCUGUAAAAGAAUUGGAAGAAGCAAAUCAGCAGCUAGAUAACAAAGUGAAAAAUCUGCAGACCAUGCUUGAAACAGAGAGAAAAAAGAAUGAGAAGAAACAGAAAAAGCUCUCUGAAACCCAGAAGUCAUUGGAGAAGCUUCAGGAAACUAUCACUGUGCAUUCUGCAGAGCUUUCAGAGGUGCAGAUAGCCCUUAAUGAAGCUAAACUGAGUGAAGAAAAGGUGAAAUCUGAGCUUCAUCAUGUGCAGGAAGAGAAUGCUAGAUUGAAAAAGAGCAAGGAGCAGCUGCUAAAAGAGGCUGAAGGUUGGAGUGAGAGGCAUUCUGAGCUCUGUGAGCAGAUUCAACUGUAUCAGAAAUCUCAGAAGGACAUAGAAGAGACACUUGCCUACAAAGAAAAUGAAAUUGAAGUUUUAACCAAUUGCAUUAUGCAGCUGAAGCAGCUGGACAUGGAUUCAGAGGCCAAGAAGGAUGACAGAGGGCAUGAGUGGAGCCCAGAGGAUGAUCUGGCCAACGGAGAGUUGCCAGAUAUUGAGACUGAGAAGAUGAGGACUCAGAUUAAGCAGAUGAUGGAUGUCUCCAGGGUCAAAACAAUGUUAUCCAUAGUUGAAGAAGACAGAAAUCUUCUGCAGUCAAAACUGAAUGAUGAAGUAACAGCAAGGCAUGAGCUGGAAGAGAAGAUAAAAACAUUGGAACACGAUUCCUCUUCACUGCAUACAGCCAAAACUCAACUGGAAAAUGAAUGCAAAACUCUUCAGCAGAAAGUGGAGAUACUUGGUGAACUGUACCAGCAGAAGGAGAUGGCACUCCAGAAAAAACUAACCCAGGAAGAGUAUGAGCGUCAGGAGAAGGAGCAGAAAUUGUGUGCUGCAGAUGAAAAAGCCAUGCUGGCCAUCGAGGAAGUGAAAGUUUACAAGCAAAGGAUCCAAGAUAUGGAAGAAGAACUGCAAAAAACAGAGCGAUCUUACAAAAACCAGAUUGCUGCUCAUGAGAAAAAGGCACAUGACAACUGGCUCAUUGCCCGCUCUGCUGAGAGAGCUCUGGCUGAAGAGAAAAGAGAAGCAGCCAACCUGAGACAGAAAUUAAUAGAGGUAAACCAAAAAAUCAUCAUGCUUCAAAGACCGGUCAUUGUAAAGCCAACUCCAGGCAGACCUGACCGCCAGAUCCCACCACGACGAGGGCCCUUAAGCAGAGAGGGCUCUUCUGGCCCAUCACCUGUGAGUGGAGGAAAUCCAUCCCCCACACAGAUGAUUGAUGUCCCUGCCCAGCCCCUCUCUGCUCCUCGAAGGGAAGGUGCGAGGGGUGAAUUUGGUGCAAUGGUGGAUGGCCCCCCUGCUCCACGAAGGCCUCCAGACCUGCUUGGAAGGAUGUCUGUUCCUGAUAUUGGGCCUGCUGUGGCAUCCCUAAUCAGCAGUGAGCCAAGGACCUCCUCCCCUAUCACAGCAAUUGAUGGAGUGGGUAAUGCUGGUGCCAAAGGCCCCUCUCCUUUUCCUGGGACACCUCUGAUGAGCUCCCCAGUGAUGGGGCCUCCACCGCCGCCACACAUCCGCUAUGGACCGCCAAGACUGCCACCUCCUCCUCUGCGGGGACACUUCGGGCCUCGGCCUCUCCCUGGGCCCCCAGGUUGUGGUCCUCCCUUGCCACCUCCAGCUGGAAGAGAUUUCUUACCUAGUCCACGUUUGCCUGCUGGCCCACUCCCGCCUCCCCCUGAUCCCAGAGGCUACGCACGUGGGCAUCCUCCCUUCCACCCCCUCGGCCCUCCUGGCCCCAGGGAUUAUCCUCCAGGGCCUCGGCUACCCCCGCAGGCUUCCAGGGACUGUGCUUCUUCUCCCAACAGAGACUUGCCUCCGCCAGCACCCAGGGACUGAGGGCAGCUGGCCCCAAGGACUACGCACAUCCCCAGCGCAGGAUCCCUGCCUGCAGCGCCCAGCCAGCCCCACAGCCCCAACCCUAGGAAAUGGCUCUUGGUUUGAAGACAUUGGUCUCAUUUCAGUAUAUCUCAGCUUUUGCAGGAUUAAUUUUUAUCCAGUUGCUACAGAUGUCUUACGUGCAUUUAUGAUCACAAACUCAUCCAUCCACUUGGGCUGCAAGAACCUUUCUGUGAUGGACUUGAACCUACUCUAAAAGUGCAAUAGGAAGGAAGUACCUGUGUGGAGACUUUUAAUACAAUGUAGCCUUUGUAACCAGUUGCAAAUGAACUAAUUUCGUUAAAAAUGUAUAUCAAAUCAUUUCCUGUGGAAAUAAUUUUUCAAGUAAAAUGCUAUCCAACCUGCCUUCUUCAUCACAUCAUUGAGCAGCAGUUACUGUAGGCCAGGGGUUUACAUGAGAAUUCUGAGGUUCUGGGUUUUUUAAUAAAAGCUGUCUGGUCAGAGAUCAGAAGCACAAAUGACACUGUAUUCAAAGGAAAGUUAUAAUAAGAACCAAAAUUCCUUUUGCUAAAUCCCAAAGGCUUUGUUUCAGUGCCAUGUUUUGUUCAGAAAGGAUAUUGGUUCAGUAAUGUGACAGAGAAUGCUACAGUUCUGAGAACAAGAAUUGAAUCAAGGCCAAAUUAAUGCUGCUGCAGGGUAAUGAUCAUGUUACCCUCACGCUGAUCUAUUCUGAAACAAUAUGGACUUGCUUUGUGUAAUGAGGACCAUGGGGGAUACGGCUUCCAGAGCUGGAAACCUUGAUGAGGUUGUGGAGUUGGCCUGUGUUUCUACAGUGCUUCUCCACUAGAGAAACUUAGAACUUCCCUAAUUGCUUUCUGCUUUCAAGAGCGCCUUGCAGCAUCAAGUGAAGUUUGAAAACUUGAGUUUUCAUCUUCCUCAGGGUUAAGAGCAAUUCAGCUUCUUUAAAAGGAAGGCUGGAUUUGGAGAACCUUUUUUUACUUCGAUCAGAAAAGAAAGCAGCUUUCUGUAAAGCAGAGUGGGGAUAUAUAAACCAUGUAAACAUCUACUGCAGCUACCACUACUGAACAACUUUCAAAACGCACCCUACACUGGCAGUUCAAGUGUUAGUGCAAGCAUUUGGACUGUCUCGGUGGGUAAGGUUUCUCACAAGUGCACUGUCCAAAAGGCAGCCUGAGGGAGGAAAAAAGAAAAACAAUGUGGAAUAAUAAAAAACC